AUGUCGCCGGAUUCUCUUAAUCCCUCCAAACCCAUCGCCAUAACCACCGGCAAUCGGAAGCUCCCGCUCCUUCUGGUUUUUCCGACGAUUGAAACGCUGUCUUUGUCGGCGGCUGCCGCCGAUCCGGUUACCUCUCUGAGUCUCUCUUUGCCGAGAUCCAACGAAGCUCCACCGUUGAUAAACCGCCAAAAUCAUCUCGUCCCUAUUCCCCAGCCUCCCCAGGUGUCUCCACCUGCAAAAGUUGAUUUACCCCCACUGCCUCCGCAAAGCUUCCAGUUCGCCGCCCCACCGUCGCCUCAAACGGAGGAGAAACCUCUCUUCAGCUCGGAGUUCUUGGUAGAGUUGCAGGAGAUGAUAAGGAAAGAAGUGAGGAACUACAUGUCCGGGGUUGAACACAACGGCCUUUGUACGCAGGCUGAAGCAAUUCAAAAUGCGGUUGCGCCGACGCCGCAGCGUAUCGGCAUUUGGCAUCGGCAAGAUUAA